GUAGCCACGCGAUAAGAUAAGAUAGCCCGAUAACCAAGAACAUGCUAACAUUUUCGCCUUGGAUUUCACACCUCCCAUCUGGACUCCUCCUGUGUCCCACGACAACCACGACCAACCUCACCUUACACGCCGUCAUACAUAACAAAUCGCCAUGGCCCGAAGGAAGGUCACAGCCCUCGAGAAAGUCGAGGCUGACUUGGCCGGACUCCAAUACAGGAUCCGCCGCGACCCUGCCGCGUAUGAAGCCGAAUUCCUCGAGCACCUCAGACAAUACGAGACCUCGCUCGACCGGUUCAACUUUGCCCCUCUCAGCAGUGACUCCGGGGCUCUGGUAUCGUUCAGGGAGCAAAUCGAUUUUCUCUCCCACGUCGCAGAGCUUUAUCCGACCCAGACGGCAGCGUUCCCCGAUCAGCUGAAAGAUAUCCUGGUCAAGCACCAUGCCAUUUUGGAGUCAGAGUUGCGCGAAAAGGUGGUUUCAUCACUCGUGCUUCUUCGAAGAAAGGAGGUCAUUGACUCGUCCUAUCUCUUGAUGACCCUCAUUCCUCUCUUGACCACCACCCCUAGCAAAACGUUACGUACGCUGUUGUUCACCAAGAUCACCAGCGACCUCAGAAACGCGAACUCCAAGCAUACCAACCACAAACUAAACCGGAUCAUCCAGACCGCCCUCUACACCCUCGUUACCUCCGAUAGAGCUAGCCCGAAGAGUCUCUGGGCAGUAAAACUAACCAGAGAAAUGUGGAAGCGACAGUUGUGGACAGAUGCAAAGCCUGUCGAUAUCAUGCGGGAAGCGUGUCUGUCCGACAACGAGAAGGUCGUUAUUGGUGCCGUGCGCUUCUUCCUUGGCAGCGACCAAGAGCGCGAGGAAAACCAAGAAGACGACGAAAGCGACGGAGACAACAACGUUGACAUAAGAAAGGUCAAGCACCAGAUUGGUAUCAACAAGAAGACAAAAAAGAAGACCAAGGCUCUCGAGAAGGCUGUCGAUAAAGUUAAGAGACAAGAGCGGAAGAAGCAUGCACCGACUGCGCUCAAUUUCUCCGCCCUAAAUCUCCUUCACGACCCUCAAGGUUUCGCCGAGAUUCUGUUUCAGAAACAUCUGCAGAGCGCCAAAGCCAGAUUCUCUCUGGAAUCCAGAUUACUGGUUUUGCAGCUUGUCACACGUCUCGUUGGUCAACACAAGCUUACCAUCAUCGAGCUCUACUCUUGGUUCAUCAAGUACCUCACCCCCAAACAACAAUCCGCGACGUCAUUCUUGGCAGAUCUGGCCCAAGCGAUACAUGACCAUAUCCCGCCGGAUGUGAUUGAGCCGUUGAUUGAGAAGAUCGCAACCGAAUUUGUUUCUGAGGCCGCUGCCGCCGAGGUAUGUGCUGCCGGCCUGAACGCCAUCAGACAUAUAUGUGUUGGGCAGCCUCUCGCUAUGCAAGAUACGUUGCUUCAAGAUCUGGUGCAAUAUCGCAGAUCCAAAGACAAGGCAGUUUCCAUGGCCGCUAGAGGUCUAUUGUCGCUGUACCGUGAGAAGGGUGCUGAACUGUUGGCCAAGAAGGACCGAGGCAAAGAUGCGACAAUCAACCUCAAGAGCGGUGAGCAGAAGCAGAGGAAGUUUGGUGAGGCAGAGAUCGGCGGAAUUGAAGGUCUCGAACUGCUAGAAAAGUGGAAAGAGGAGCAAAGAGCGAAGAAACGAGCAGAGAAGGGAUUGCCCGAGGAUGCGGACGUCGAUGAGCUGCUGGAUGAGGAGCAAGUAGAGGAGGACGAUGAAUGGGAAGUUGCCUCGAUGGAGAGCAGCGAUUCGGGAGAUUGGAUUCGGGUCAGCGAUUCUGAAGGCGAAGAAGACGAGCCGGUUCUCAAGAGGCGAAAGACAGACAAUGAUACCCCUGGGGAAGAGGACGACAAGGAGAAUGCAGAGGUAGAGAUUCAGACACUCUCUAAGCUGGCUACGACAUCGAUUCUCACUCCGGCUGACUUGGCUAAACUGAAGGAGCUCCGCAUGGAAGCCGGCGUCGACAAGGCAAUGGGCAACCGCAAGCGCAAGCAACAAGAGGCUCAAGCACGGCAUAUGGACGAAGGUCUGACCGCUGAAGAUAUUGAAGCUCCGGCCAAGUUGCGAAAGACGACCAAGGAAGAGCGUGUAGCCAUGGCCAAGGAGGGCAAGGGCGAGCGUGAUGAGCACAAGUCUACACAGGCCAUCCGCAAGUCCAAGAAGGAAGCGGAGGGCAAGUCAACCACGAACAAAGAGAAGGCCCGCAAGAAGAACUUCUUGAUGACCUUGAGCAAAGCCAAGAACAAGAACCGAAGAAGUUUGGUGCAAACGAGAAAUAUCCUGAAAGCCCACGUGGAGCGGUCAAAAUCUGGUGGUAGGAGACGGAACGGUAUGACCAAAAGCUUUUAGCGCGUUAUAAUGCAAACUUCUAGACGUACAGUCAUAUUGACCGUCGGAAACUGAGAUGAACAUCGCCUUGUCCUUGAACAUGCACUCAAUUUAAGCACUAGCGUGCUCCGUGACGUUUGUUGCUCUUAAGUUGUGUUGGAAAUUGAUAAUACUACUUAGAAUCCAAACAGCGACAAACCCAUUCAAGUAUAGUAGUUCUGCAGAUGUAACUAUAACAAGUGGAGGUCGGU